GAUGAAAAGGUCGUUUUAAAAAAUAACAAAAACAAAAAAACAUGAACAAAUCAUUAAUCAGAACAGACGAACCUGUUAGUCCGACUAAGGAAAGAUUAAAAACUAUCAUUCUGAAUAUUAGUGGUACUAGGUAUGAAGUCUCCGAAAAUACUUGGACAUCUAUAAAGAAAAAUAUUCCUGUCAAGUUUCGAGAAAACUUACAUCAAUUGGAUACCGAGAUAUAUAUUGAGCGACAUCCUGCGGCUUUUCAAAGUAUUUUAUAUUAUGAACAAGGAGGAGAAUUGCACCUACCCAGUGAUCUUUGUCCGUCGUCAUUUAAAAAGGAGCUAGAAUUCUGGGGAGUGGACGAGGUUUGCCUCGCAAAAUGUUGUUUCACUAAAUAUAUUGCUUAUUUUGACGACAGCGAAGUUUUAAAGAUUCUUGAAUUUGAUGAAAAUAAAGCACGUGCAGAGAAACUCAAAUUGAUGAAUAUGAGCGCAAGUGCAAGAGGGUGGCGUCGUUUGCAAGGGCGCAUGUGGCUUAUCUUGAAUGAACCAUUUUACUCAAAAAUGGCAAAGGUAUACUUCAUCUUCAGUGCCAUACUGAUCACUGUAUCGCUUUUUGCAUUGAUUGCUGGAACUCAUCAUUCAUUUCAAAGACCUUUGAAUAUCAAAGAAUGGCAAAUAUACUAUGGAGACGAAUGGUAUAAAUACAAAAGCUAUUUCCUAGGUAAUUCUGAACCAGAAUCAACAGCUGAACUUGAAGAAACAUCCGAACCUGAAUCAACAGCUGAACCGGAAGUAACAUCCGAACCUGAAUCAACAGCUGAACCAGAAGUUACAUCUGAACCUGAAUCAACAGCCGAACCGGAAGUAACAUCUGAACCUGAAUCAACAGCUGAACCGGAAGUAACAUCUGAACCAACAGCUGAACCGGAAGUAACAUCUGAACCCGAAUCAACAGCUGAACCGGAAGUAAUAUCUGAACCGGAAGUUACAUCAGAGCCUGCAAGUGAGGAAAACGAAUUUGCUGCACCAGAAAAUGCGUUUGCUCGAUACUUUUUUCUUGACAUACUAGAGUUUACGUGUAUUGCUUUAUUUACUCUGGAUCUGAUUGUAAGGUUGAUAUUUUGUCCUUUCCGAUUUCAACUGAUCUUCUCAUUUCUCCAUUGGGUAGAUGUUUUUGCAUUAGCGGUUAUGUAUUUAAAAUACACAAUCGAGACAAUUUUUCCCAAAGAGAAAUACGAAGCAUCUGUUCUAGAUAUAUUGCAUUGUCUUCAAAUUGUUCGAAUCUUUCGGCUUUUCCGUCUUGUCAAGAAUUUCAUCGGUUUCCGUGUUCUUUUAUACGCAUUUAAAGCAAGUUUCAAAGAACUUAUGUUAAUGUCCCUGUUUUUAUUUGUAGCUAUGCUUGUUUUCUCUACGUUUGUUUUCUUCUCCGGAGACGACAAUUUCCCGAAUAUUCCCGAUUCAUUUUGGUGGGCGAUUGUAACCAUGACAACUGUUGGUUAUGGUGAUGUCGUACCCAAAACAACAUUGUCGAAAACAGUUGGAGUCUUUUGCGCUAUAAGUGGCGUUUGCCUGAUCGCUGUCAUCAUCCCUAUAUUUGUUAAUAACUUUAUGUUAUUUUAUACCUAUUCGAAGGUUUGGGGCAAAAGAGCAGAAAAACAGCAUAGGGACAAACCAGUUAAAAUAACUCAAGUACUUGCGGUUGAUGCCAUAAAGAAUAACCUAAAUUACAAACGGUAUUGAUAAAUAACAGCUAGAGUGAUGCUUUAAAGGAAUUGUUAAUACUUUGGUUACACACACCGAUUUCAUUAUCCGCUUUACGCAUCUCUUUUUGUGC